CUAACAUACGCGCCUUUUCUUCUCCCCCAGGAACCGCUGAUCAAGUUCAAGGAAUCAUCCAAAGAAGAAUUCUCAGCUUCAUUUCAUCAUCUCAAUGUACAUCUAGUCCUCAUUUAGAUAUCUUUCCAAGAAAAAUUUAGCCAUCUAAGAUAGAAGAAGGUAUGGCAUUUCAUGAGCAGAGAGAUAUUAAUCUCGAGGCCACUGAGCUCCGGCUAGGCCUACCGGGCACGUCUGAGGAGAAUUCAGAUCAUCAGAAGCAAACUUCAGCUGGUGGUAGGAGCAACAAAAGAGCAUUGCCUGAUAUGAGUGAAGAAUCUUUGGGUAGGGAAAAUUCUAAUUCAACAAAUGCCAAGAAAAUUGACCAAGAAUCUGGUCCACCCACCAAGGCACAAGUAGUCGGGUGGCCACCUAUCAGAUCAUAUCGGAAAAAUUGCCUACAACCAAAGAAAAGUGAGGCUGAUCAAGCAUUUGGGAUCUAUGUGAAAGUUAGCGUGGAUGGAGCUCCUUACCUAAGAAAGAUUGACCUGAAGAUCUAUAAGGGGUAUCCAGAUCUGCUUAAGGCCUUAGAAGACAUGUACAAGUUCAGAGCUGGUAAGACUAAUUGAUUAAUCAAUUAAUUUGGUAUGUUCAUAAGUUCCUGCAAGAGGCUGAGGAUCAUGAAAGGAUCAGAAGCUAGAGGCUUGGGAUGUUCUGUAUGAAAAUUACCCCACAAAUGAUAUUGAUUCCUUCACCACUAGCAAAAUCCAUAAAACUUGAGGCUUGCAAGAAUCAGACCUAGCUUUUUAUUGGCAGAAACGGAAAAGCUUGAUGAAUAGGAUUUUCUAGUGUUGAAGAAUUACAUGUAUAGUUUAUGUGAAGUUUUGAAUGUAAUAAGCGUAAGAAGGAAACUUCUAUAAUGAUGUUCUUCAUAAGUUUCCUUUCUAUUUUCCCCCCAUCUUUUCCAUUGUACAAAUUUAUAAAUGAAAAUUUAUUAA